CGUGUGUUGUGAGUCAGUAUGAACGUCUCUGUGUCUAGCGCCCCCCCCAUCACCUUCACCGUCUACAGCUCUCUGUCUCUGCACAGCGUGGCGUUGGUCGUUUGCGUCUUGGUGUUCUACGUUUCCGGUCUGUGUGUCAACCUGCUGCUGGUUCUGGUGAUCUGCUCGGAGCCUGGCCUCCACCGGCCGAUGUACGUCCUGCUGGUCAACCUGUCUCUGAGUGGCGUGAUGGGCAGCACGUCGGCGUGUCCUCACAUCAUCAAACACCUCCUGUCCGCCAGGCAGGAGACGUCUCUGGCGGCGUGUCUGGCGCAGGUGUUCUUCACCAACGUGUACGGCGGCUGUAUAUUCUGCAUCCUGGCGCUGAUGGCCUACGACCGGUACGUGUCCAUCUGUAAACCUCUGCUGUACCACGCCAUCGUGACGCCGGCUAGAGUCAGAGCCAUGCUGCUGCUGGUGUACUUCACCCUGGGCUCCACCUCGGCCGUCCAGGUCUACCUGACGUCCGGACUCCGGCUGUGCCGCCACUCGGUGGAUAAGCUGCUGUGUGACGGACUGGCGAUCGCUAACCUCUCCUGUACCGAGAUGCCGCUGAUCGGCGUCUACGGUCUGUGCUGCGCCCUCGGCCUCGUCGUCCUCCCCUGUUUCCUCGUCAUUCUCUCGUACGUUCACAUUUUCACGGUGAUCCUAAAAACCUCGAAGGAGUCUCAGAUGAGAGCGCUGCAGACGUGCACGCCUCACUUAGUCACCUUCGUCAAUUUCUCCGUGGCGUCGUUUUUCGGCGUCAUUUAUAACCGUCUGAGUCACGAAGUUCCAAAAGCUGCCAACGUUUUCACAUUUUUCACUUUCUUUGUCAUCCCUCCUCUGCUGCAUCCCAUAAUAUACGGGAUUAAGAUGAAAGAGAUCCGGCAGAGCAUCAACAAGAUGAUGAAAAUCACACAACAGUGA